AUGGCGCGCGAUCAAUUGAAUUCCGGCAUGCGUUGUGCAAAAUUUAUGCUAGUAAUCGUUAGCUUUAUGUUUGCGCUCACCGCGGUUUUGCUUAUUAUGGUCGGCUCAACAAUCCAGGCGAUAUUCGGCGAUUUUAGCCAAUUCAUCGACGGUCACUUCUUCUCGCCGCCUGCAUUGCUCAUCGCCAUCGGUUUCAUUUUACUGCUAGUCGCAACAUUGGGCGCUUAUGGUGCGGUCAAGGAGAGUGUAAUGCUAAUCAAUUUGUACGGCGUUAGCUUGUUCCUGGUGUUCAUACUGGAAGUGGCUGCCGCCAUUUCUGCCUUUGUAAUGCAAACCCAAGUGCGUGGCAUGCUGAUGCGCACCAUGAACGAUUCCCUCAUCCACUAUAAUGAGAACGAGUAUGUGCAAAUGGGUGUGGAUUUCAUGCAGGAAACCCUCGGCUGCUGUGGCGUUAAUAGUCCGUUGGACUGGAAACCACUGAAUAGCACUAAUGCCGAAAUUGAGGUGCCAGCAUCUUGCUGUGAUGAGACCUCUAUCGAUGACGUCAAUUACUGUAUUAGCUCUUACGACAGCGGUUGUUUGGCACGUAUGGACUUUAUUAUCUCGCAGAGCACAAUGCUCAUUGCUACCGGCGCUACCACUGUGGCCUUUGUGCAGUUACUCGGCGUACUCUGCGCCUUCAUGUUAGCCAAAACGCUACGUCGCAACAAAUCGAUACGCGAAGCACGCCGCUGGCAGCUACAACAAAGCUUGGGUGUACUUAUUUCGGGUGGCAAGGUCGUGCCACCGACCAAUUCACCGAUUAACGGCUAUACGCAAUUGGAACGCGCUGAACGUUAUAUGGAACACGAUCCUGUAACGUAUACGCCAAGCAGUCCCAGUGUUAAUUAAGCACGCGUGAGGGAGAGUGGAUGUGAGUAGUAGCAGAGAAAUGGCCACAAAUAGAAAUGUAACAGUAAAGUGCCUAAAAGAAAAUGUUUUUUCUCAUCAUUGUUUAUUGUAUUAUUGUAAUAACAGUUAUUUUUAAAUACAACAAAAAUAAAAAUGUAGUUUAUAUCAAAUCUUGUAAUUUGCGCUUGAAAAGGACAGUUUGAAAUAUCUAUUACAUAAACCUACCAGUAUAACUGUAAAGCGUUAAUUUAUAGCGUGCAAUUUUAACUAACUGUAUUAGCAAGUAUAUUGUGACAAAAUAAAAUAAAAGUUUUAUUCAAGUGAGA